UAGGACAGCGGAAGUCGACAUUUUACUUCCUGUAGCAGACGAGUAUUUUGGAAAAAUGGCAGUGCAAGGGAAAGUUGAUAUGCUUUCCAUCCUGAGGGAUGAAUUAGCCUAUGAGGGCGGAGCAGCAUCUCAUGUGUUUGUUGUUUUAGGUGCAUCGGGAGAUCUUGCAAAAAAGAAAAUAUACCCUACACUUUGGUGGCUGUUUAGAGAUGGAUUGUUACCACCAAAGACAUAUUUUAUUGGUUAUUCCAGAAGUAAACUUACUGUGGAAGAUAUCAAAAAGAAAGCACUGCCCUACAUGAAGGUAAAGAAUGGAGAGGAACAAAAAGUAGAGCAAUUUUUCAAGAUAAAUGAAUACAUAGCUGGUAGUUAUGACUCUCCUGGUGAUUUCUCUAAACUAAACAAAGCCAUCGAACAAAAAGGCAGCUGUAACAGAUUAUUUUAUCUAGCUCUUCCACCAACUGUGUAUGAAUCUGUUACCCUCAAUCUGAAAGCUACUUGUAUGUCAAAGAGUGAUAAAUGGACAAGAGUAAUUGUUGAGAAACCUUUUGGAAAAGAUUUAGAAUCAUCAAACAGACUAUCCAAUCAUUUGUCAGCAUUAUUUAAAGAGGAAGAACUAUACAGGAUAGAUCAUUACCUUGGGAAAGAAAUGGUACAGAAUCUCAUGGUUUUAAGAUUUGCCAACAGAAUUUUUAGUCCUGUGUGGAACAGAGAUGGAAUAGCUUCUGUUGUUAUUAGUUUUAAAGAACCAUUUGGUACCCAAGGAAGAGGGGGAUACUUUGAUGAGUUUGGAAUCAUCAGAGAUGUGAUGCAGAAUCAUUUAAUGCAGAUACUAACCUUAGUAGCAAUGGAAAAACCACCAAGUACAAAUGCUGAAGACAUACGUAAUGAAAAGGUUAAAGUAUUGAAGAGCAUUCAACCAGUAGAUAUAAAGGAUACAAUUUUAGGCCAGUAUGUAGGUAAACCUGAUGGUAAAGGAGAUGAGACACAAGGUUAUCUUGAUGAUCCUACUGUUCCUAAAGGGUCUGUAACUCCCACAUUUGCUACUGCUGUGUUAUAUGUUAAAAAUGAGAGAUGGGAUGGUGUACCAUUUAUACUUAGAUGUGGGAAAGCAUUGAAUGAGAGGAAGGCAGAAGUGCGGAUACAAUUCAAAGCUGUUGCUGGAGAUAUAUUCCCUGAUGGGGAGGUAAAGAGGAAUGAACUAGUGAUAAGAGUACAGCCAGAUGAAGCCGUUUAUCUAAAAAUGAUGGCAAAGUCACCAGGAAUGUCCUUUAACUGUGAAGAAACAGAGCUGGAUCUCUCUUACUCUUCUAGAUACAAGGACCUCAAACUUCCAGAUGCCUAUGAGAGGUUGAUUUUAGAUGUAUUUUCUGGUAUCCAGAUAAACUUUGUUCGAUCUGAUGAAUUAUAUGAAGCCUGGAGAAUAUUUACACCAUUACUUAACAAGAUUGAAACAGAGAAGCCAAAACCUAUUACUUAUGUCUAUGGAAGCCGUGGUCCAAAGGAAAGUGAUAAACUCUGUCAUGACAGGGAUUUUAUAUACACUGGGACAUACAAAUGGAGUAAACCAGAACCUGCUGGCAAAUUGUAAAUGGACAGUACUAAUUACUAAUUACAAGGCAGCAAUGAAGAUUUGUAACGAUUCCAGAUUCACAGGGUAUCAAACUGUGAUAUAAAUUAUUCAGAAUCUUUAUUAAAGAAUACAUUCAAAACUGUAUAUAAAGAACAGUAAUGUUUAGUUAUAACCAAGUGUGUGUAAAACAAAGGUUUAGAUACGUAAACUUCCCAAUUAUCUGCCGUUACAAGAAGAAAAACAUUUUUUCAAUGCCAAACUCACAAGAGAAAAGGUUUUUAUGAAACAUUAACAGUGAUUGUGCUAAUGACAUUAUUUGACCAUUAUUUGAAAAUAUUUGUAUUAUAACCUUGAAGCAAUAUUCCUUUAAGAAGUUAUUCAGUCAAUUCAGAAUGAUUCAAAGUGCUAUUUUUAUAAUAAUUAAAAGUGCUAUUUUCAUAAUAAUUAAAACAUACAUUAAACAGAAAGUGCUAUAUGUAAGUCAAUGGUAAUGACAAAUGAAACAAGGGAUAUAUCUAUUCAACUAAGAACUUAAAUUCCAAAUCUAGGUUCUUUUAAUUAUUUUAACUUUUAAAUUACUUUAUAAUACUAAAAAUAUGUAUUACUACAUGAAUUUGGUUUAAAUGGUCUAAUAUAGUACUGUUUCAUGAAACUUUUCAUUAAAUGUCAUCAUUUAUGAGAAUAAUAAGUCAGAAACUACUACUAAGUUAGAUAAAUGAGAUAAUAGACAUUUUAUCUUUCGCUCAAAGCAAUAAAGGGAGAUAACUAAGACCUUCUGUAUAAUUAUAAAGUAACUUGGUUGAGAGUUAAUAAAGAUUUUUUUUUCUUAUUUGACUGUUGGCACAUUGAGACAAGACAUUCUAAUGAUUAUUUUAUUUCCAGACUUUUUAACUUCAACUUUAAAUGAACAAACUUAGUUUCAAUUGCCAAACUUGAAUCUCAGCGUGUUUUUUAACCUUUGAAAUUUUUUUUUUUCACCAGCCAAAAAUUGUAUGAGAUUUGUUUAUAUAUAUUUAUACAAACUUUAUUGCAGUGUUUCCUGUUACAUAUAUAUAAUUUGUUUCUAUGAAAUGAACAAUUGAUAUAUUAUAUGUUUUAUACUGAAUGUAACGUUAACUUUAAAUUAGUUAAAACUACAAUGUAUUUUUAACAAUGAACAUAUAAUGGAAAUACGUUAUGGAUUUACAUACAACCAAUUGCAAAAACAUGAGUAUAAAUGUUAAUUUAAAAGGGAUUAAAAAGAUAAGAGUUAAUAAAAUAACUAAAAGGUUUGCUGAAGUUAUCGCUAUUUCUGUUAGAUGAUUAUUUUUCAUCUUUUUUUAAAUAAGAUUUAAGAAAUCAUCUUUUACUGUACAAUUUGAAAAUGACUGUUGAGAAGAAAUAUAAUUUUGCCUUGUUGCCUGUCCAUAGUGUGACAGGCAAUGUAAAGAGCCUGCUGAUUAGAAUAUAUCUGUCCAAUUCUAUUUUAGCUUUAAAUAUAUAUUACAUAAUGUAUUCAUUUUGAAUAACUAUGCCUGUAAAUUAUGUCCUUUGAAUAUUCUGUUUUUUAAUUAAGCACAAAAGGGAAGCAGGAAAUAUACCACUAAUAUUACACGGAUUUUAAUUUGAAUAAUUUCUAUUUAUGUAACUAUUCUUAACAUUUUUCAUGUGAUAUUUUAUGUCGGAUUUUUUUACAUGAAUGCACUGGUUUUGCAUUUUUUUGUAAGAUUUUUCCAUCCUUAGUCAUCCUUUGUCAAUCUUUCAAGGGCCUCAGUGGCCGAGUGGUCUAAGUAGUUCAACAACUGUAUCACAAGCCUGUCAACACUUAGGUUGUGUAAGUUCGAAUCCCACACGUAGCAGGUGCUCUUGACUCAAAUCUUAAUGGAGUAGGAUUGUCAGUUUUCCUGCCAAAGGUUGUGGUUCUCUCUGGGCAUUCCGGCUUCCUCCACCAAUAUAAGCUGACCGCUUUGAAAUUGCACAGUAGUGCUGAAAGUGGCGCUAAACACCAAUCAAUCAAUCUUUCAAUCUGUUCAUAUUGAACACUUAUUCUCUCUUUCUAAUUUUAACUAUGAAGUAAAAGAGUCAAGACUUGGUUAAUCAGUUUAGGAGUAUAUCAGGCAGUUUCUUGUCUUUUUUAUGUAGGGACAUACCCUAAUGUUGUACAUAAAUGUAUAUUUGUUGAGAUUGUCUAUUGUUUUAGUUGUUGUUUGACCACAAAAGGUUUUUGUAGAUUUAAAUUCUAGAAUAUGAUAUUAAAUAAUACUAAUACUGGUUCAACUGUUUGAUUGGUUGACACUGCUGGUAUCAGUAGAUUAGAACCAGCAGAUAAAUUUCCAUUUAACAUCCCUCAUGUUUAUGUGCCUGUUCAGAACCAUGUCAAUCGUCUUUUUGUAUACCUUAAUGUGUGUCUGUAAAUUAGGGGAUUGGGAUUUCAGAUAUUUGAUAAUCUUGGUUAGAUUCAUUCAUAACUGUUUUUGACUCAAAGUCAUGAAGAGCUUGCUAUAUUGUAUAAUGACCUAUCAACUGUUGAAAGCAGUAUUUUAACCUCUAGAUGUUUUCUAUUUUUGGUGUUGUUGGGUUUUGACACAUUAAUGAAUACCUUUCAUUUCUUGAUUCAUUUUCCUUUUGUCUUAUUAAAAAGAUUUAAAACAUACUGUAUUCUUAAAACUAUUGUGCCAUCAUUAACAAUAUGCCAAACAGAAGUAACAAACAAUUCUCAUUUGUUUUUUCUCUUAGAAAGAUCAUUGAUAGGAUGUUAUGAAUUUUGAUUCACGUCUCUGAUAGCUUGGAACUACAUAAAAGUCCUCAUGAUCCUUCCCAUUCACAUGGCAAACAUGGCUAACAACCUUUCUGAUGUGUCGAGACCAACUUUGGCAAGCUACUAGUAAAAUUUUUCAUCGAGUUAUUAGUAUAUGUAUUAGUAUUAGUAGUAACUGUGAUAUUGUUGUUUCUAACUUUUUUUAGUGUUUAUUACCUAACUUAAAUCAAAAACAUGCAGCAUUAUUUAUUAUUUAUUCAUUAUUUUAAAGGUUGAAACAAUGAUUUUAAGCGACUUGCAACUAGUAUCCUCUUAUUACAGUAGAAUUUUUUGUGUGUGUCUGAUUUUACUUAUACAAUGUACUCUGUUUUAUAUGUGAAGAGCUCAUCUAGAACAAUUUUACUAAUUUCAGCUUCACAUAUUUCUAUGACUGAGAUUUUUCCUACUAAGUUUAAAGGUGAAGGUAUGAUAAGGCCACUAUUUUUUCCCAUGAAUAUUAAAAAUACAAAUUACAUUUGAUUUAUUGAGUUUUAGCUUUCAGAUGUUUAUAAGACAUUAGUCUGUUUCAGACCUGUUUAACAGUAACAUAUAUGAAGUUUGUUUUACAUAAUUCUUUAGGCCUACAAACUUAGUGCAUUUAAUUAAGGACAACUGCAAAUGUAGCAGUUAAAGACCUAAUUAUUAAUAUUUUUAAAAGUAUGAGCAACACCCAAACCAAAUUACAUACUUGCAGUAACGCUUGUCACACACAAGCUUGCAGUAAGCAUGCUGCUAGCUGCUACCAGGUUGAUGAUUGCAGAAUGUCAACCUGUAAACAUAUUGAAAGUAAGACCCCAACCUGCAAUUACCAGUAAACAGUUAUCAGUCUGCAAUCAAAUGGCAACCACCUUUCAGUUAGACCAUGACCAACCUGCAAUCAAAUGGCAACCACCUUUCAAUUAAACCAUGACCAACUGCAAUCAGACCACCAUCAAUAGGCAAUCAAAUCAUAUUGCCGCAUGCUUUCCAAAACUUUCUGUGAAGUUCCUAUCCUAGCAAUGCAUUCUACAGCUCUUGAAAAACAUGGUUGCAAACAUGCUGCAUGCUUUUUAUUAAUGCUUGCAAUGCAUUCUUAUCCAAAAAGAUAUGUUGUCACAGAAUGUGUUAUACAAAGAGAGAUAUUGAUCAUAUUCAGUUGUCUUUUAAUUAAUGCUUGACCUUGUUUUUAUUUUUUCGCCAAAACCUAUAUCUCAAUAGACCACUUUCCAGUUAUGUGCUUCACCGGAAAAAUUCAUCAAUUAUGCGUGCAUUUAUGACGUCAUUUACUAGACAUAGGGGACCGCCUGAAACCCUGCACUAUCAAAGUUCAUCAAGUGUCUUUGUGAUCAUCAUUAUGCAGGCUAAAUUAGAAAUAAUUUUUAUUCCGUAGGUACUUAAUCACAAUUCCCUAAUGACAGCAGUGCUAAUUAUCAAUUAUAAGAAUUUAAUUUGCCGAAUAAUUCGUGCGAUAUAGCAUCAUAUUUUUUUCAACCGCUCACUCAACAUUGGAAGGAAGUGACGUUGCCCCUAAAUGCACAGAUGAUGUUCACUAAAACCAAAGUUUUUGACGGAAAUGCAACGAACUCGAAAGUGGUCUAUUAUGAUAUGGUUUUAUUACAAUCCCAUUUCUUCUUUAAAAUGACAAGAUUAUAGCAUCCUGUCUAUUUAUCACUGAUAUUAACAUAUUUUUGAUAAAAGGAUGAAAGACUUUAAACAUUUAAGCAAUUUAAUGGCUUUUAUCAUAACAAUUCUAAAUGACUUAUUUUGUUUAAAGACUGCCAAAAAAAUCCUGCUAAAGAAUAAACUUAUCAGUAUUUAAAAAAGCUAUACUUUUUUUCAUCCAGUAGGUUUUAAGGAUUUAGGUUUGAUUUUACAGUAAUAUUUACUGCUUGCUUGAUGUUUUUGUUUUUUUGCCUAUUUUUGAGUUGACAUUUAUUUACAAGUUUGUAUUUUGAACAGUUCAUCCAUUGUUUAUAUUUAUUCCCAUAGCAGAAAAUAUCAUUCCAUGUGAUAAAAUUAUUUGUCCAAUAUAUUAUUAAAAGAUCAUAUUUAUAAUAAGUAGUAAGUCUCAGUCAUGUUAUAAUUUUGAAUUUUAUUGUUGUACAAUAUUUACAUAAAUUAUAUCAUUUUAUAGACAGUACCGUUAUUUGUUAUGUUUGCUUAAUCAAACAACUACCAUUGAAGUAUUGAAAUUUAGGUUCUUUGGGAAGAAGAUAUUUCAGAGUGAGGGGGAAAGCUGUUCAAAGUCAACAUGAAAACUUUGUAAUUGAUAAAGAAAAAAAACCAAACAAACCAAAAAGUUAUUGCAGUGAUUCAAGUGAACAAUUUUGUAGAUUUCACUAGAUUUUAUGUUGAUGAAUUUAUACUAGAGGGCCUUGGGUUUACAAAAUAGAAAAUAAUAGCAAAAAGUGCAGAAUAAUUAUGGCUAAGCAAAUAAAGAAUAGAGAAAAAUUACGGGGAAAAAAAUAGAAAAUAACAGGCCCAAAAAGAUAAAGAAUAGAGAAUAAUGAACAAAAAAAAUUAAGAAUAGAGAAAAAUGGUAUAGAAGAAUAAAGAAAAAAGAAAUGAAGGACCCCCAUCCAGACCCUCACACUAGAGAAGAUCCAAGUUUGUCAUAGUCAGGACCAUUUUGGCAUUAUUCUCUGCUUGCAAAAGUUAGUCUGUUUACAGUAAAUGAAUGAAUAAAUAUCAAAACCAUUAACUUUUGCCAUUAGAUAAACUGUGAUAAUGCACAAUCUGAAAAAUGAAACAACUGAAGUCAUAACAGGGUAAUAUAUACAGUAAGUAUUCAUAUAGAGCUUUAUUUUUUAUAUAAUUUAUUUGACUAGAUUGAGAUUGUAAGACAGGUCAUAUUUUAUAUAUUUGGAAGAAUUUAAACAAAGCAUAAUAGAAAAAUGUUGUGAUUUUGAACUUUUCAUGGCAAGAAAAAUCCGUGAAAAUGCUUAACCAGCAAAUCACAGACACCUUUCAAAUUGGUAACAUCUCAAGGCUUUUGAUAAGUUUUGUGUAAUAGUAAAUGUGAAUAUUUACCAUUGGAUAUGUGAUUCCCCUUCCUUGCAUUCUCAUCAGUUACAUUAAAUAAUAUUAUGUCAUUACUCUGAGACAGCCUUAUUGCAACCUUAGUAUGUUCAGACAUAUUUACCUAUAUUGUUGCACAUUUUUUGCAUUGAUGGGAUUUUUUUUGUAACUUUGUCUUAUUUUCAGAUUCAAUUGUUACACCAAUUUACACAAAUGUUGACCACUGUUACUCUAUAAUUUAGAAUGAUUAAUAUAUUUCAAUUUUAUAACCGUUAUAUAUUUUGUUUUUGAGCACCUGGCUUCCAACUGUUUAACUGAUUAGUAUUAUAUUUGUUUCUUCAUAUACAAUGUACUUGUAGUUUCUGUUGUUAAGAAGUCUACUUAUUUCUAUUAUAAACAAUUAAUAAUAAAAAAGAUUCUCAUUACA